UGCAUCUAGCCAGUAUGAGAUAAAACUCUCAAUUAAAAACACUCGAAAGUCUACCAAAAAAAAGUUUAAAAAUAUAAAAUGCAAAAAGCUUGUAGUAUUUGUAUGAUAGAAACAGCAUAUCCAACACCAAUUUUUAGAUUGGACAGUGAUAAUCGUGAUACAGGUCUAUCAAAAAUGGUUGAAAUGUGUAACGGUGUGGAGCUUGAUAAAUCAUCAAAUUUAUCACCAGUUAUUUGUAAUACUUGCAUGUACAAUAUUGUCACAACAUAUUAUGAAAAUAAUUUACAAAUACGAAAUUCAAAUACUCUUGCACCUCACAUAUCAAUCAACGAAUCAGAUUAUAUAAUGGAUCUUGAAAAUCAAUCAACUGAUUGCUCAAUUAAAACUGAAUACUUAAUUCCAUUACGAUCAAGAAGAGACAUGAUAAAUGCCCUUGAUCAUGAUUGUCUUUCCGAGAUAUUUUCCUAUCUUCCACUUCGUGAAAUUCUACAAUCAGAAGAAGUUUGUCAAAGAUGGAAAGACGCAACUGAAUUUAUUUGGCAUAAAUAUAAAAAAAUUGAUAUCCAUGAUUUUAAACCUUGGCAUGAUUGGACACAGUCAGAUGUUGAAGAAUUAUUAAAACGUACAAGUCCAUAUUUAACAGUAAUAAGUAUACCACCAAUUUGUAAUUCUCGUAUAAUGCCAAUAUUUCGUAAAUAUUGUCAUAAUAUAACAGAAUUAAAUUUACAAUUAAAAUACAUUCAUGAAUAUAAUUUUCUUGGUGUAUUUGAAAAUAUGAAAAAUUUAAAAUUAUUAAAUAUACGAGUAGAAGAAACACGAGAUACACCAGUUAAUCAUUCAUUGAUAUUUCGAAGUCUUCCAGAUGGUUUUUCUGAACUUGUUAUUUCAUCUGAUCAUAAUAAUACAUUUGGCAAUUUAAAUCACUACUUUGCAAUGGCUUUGGAACGUUUAAAAAAUUUACGUUGUCUUAAAUUAAUUGGCUGUAAACUUGAUGGAAAUGCAACUGAAUCAAUUUCACGUAAAAAAACAUUGUCACAUAUUAAAUUGAGUAAUUGUAAAUUACAAGAAGGCACAUUAAAUUUUUUAAUUAAUGAUAAUUUAGAAUUUUUAGAACUUGAUAAAACAAAAGAUAUUGAUAGAUGUUUAAGAACACUUUCAAGUGAAUGUAAAAAUAUAAAAAAAUUAAAUAUUCAAGAAUGUGAAACAUCAGAAUUAAGUUUGACAUAUAUUGGAAAUUUAGAAAAUAUUGAAUAUAUAAAUAUAAAUAGUGUUAAAAAAAUAAAUGAUUAUAUAUUAUUUAUGAUUAUUGAAAAAGGUAAAUAUUUAAAACAUUUAAAUUUAGGUAAAUGUUUUUUAUUAUCUGAAUGUUCACUUUUACAAUUAUGUAGUUUAAAAAAACUUGAAUAUCUUGAUGUAUCAUAUUUAAAUUAUAUUGAUGAUAAUGUUAUUAUAACAAUUGCUGAUAAUUGUACAAAAUUAAUACACUUGUCAAUUGAUUCAUGUCGUUAUGUUACACUUGAUGGUAUGAAAAAACUCAUUGAACGUUAUUCACAAUUUCAAGUAUUAAAUGUUUAUGAUACGAUAUUUAAUUUAGAAAUGAUUUAUUACGCAAUUGAAGUUUUGAAAAAACGAACGAGUCAUAAUGUUUUGACUCUUGUUGUAUUAAAAUCAUUACUCAUUAAAUACAAUGAGUCAAUUAAAACAUCAUCGUAUAUUAAAGUAACAACACGUUAAUUAAUCAUUAUUUCAAAUUCAUGUCAAUUCAGUGUGUACCUGAUUACUAUUUAAUAUUGAUAAAAAAUAUUAAAUAUUUUUCUUCUAUUUUGUGGGAUGGGAAAAAUUAAUUACCUGUUGAUAUAUUUUAUCAUCAUACAAUGCAACAAUUUUACAAAUAUUUAUUGCCAAAAAAAAAAAGCCAAAUGAUGCCAAUUUGCAUGUUAAAAAGAAAAAAAAAAAAAAAAAAAAUUUAUUAUUAAUAUCUCAUACAUGUGUACAAUACUUGACUCGAUAUAAAAAAAUAAAAAAUAAAUAUAAUAUAUUGUUUUUUAUGACUUAAAAAAUAAUAGAAAUCACUCGUUUUUUUAAAUUAAUAUUAAAUCAAUUUUUGAUUGAAAUUUAUUAGACAUUAAACAACUAGAAAUAAAAAAAAAAAAAA